AUGAGUUCAGUUAAUAUUCGUACGAUCAAUGGCGCAAAGCAUAACGGUCAUUUACCUGCUCAUCUUCAACGUGUUCAAAAUAGAGCUGCAGCUGUGUUAGAUGCAUGGAUAGCUAUUGGUGAAUCAUGUUCAUUUGAUAUUGUUGCACAUUUGCACCGCAUAAGUAUAGAUCAAAUAGAAAAAGAUAUAUACGGUGACAUUACAGAUUUAAGAAAAAGAUUUGGAAAAUCAUUGAAAAAAUUUCAAGGUGCUAUUCAACAAUGUGUGACAGAAAUUGAAGGUGGUAUUAAUCCUGCAUUGGUGGCUGUGGCACAUCAUAUACCUUUUUCAUUGUUACAUGAUAUUCAAAAUACUAAAGAUGUGCAACAAUUAAUAAAUAAUUUUUUUCUUAAUAUUGCAGCACCUAAUCCACGUGAAAAACAAACAACUAAUACAGAUUCUGAUUUCACCAUUGAUACAGUUAAUGUAUCACAAUUUAUUUGUAUAAUAUUUUGA